ACCAAAAAUGGGAGCAAUAUUUUUGCUAAUCUUUAGCCACACAUAUGUAACAAUGUCCUUAACCAAUGGAGCAAUUCAAUAAUAGGAUCCAUUACUCAAACUACCUCUUCUUUUCUCCCUUGAAAUAACAAUACUCUCUAGUUUCCUAACACGGAAAAAAAAGAGUGGUGGUCCUCCAUCCAUAAGGAAAUAGGUCCACCACCACCAAAAACUACUUGUAUUAAUCCUAAUUUGUUAAUUUAAUUUCCUCCUCCUCCUUCCUCCACCACAAUGCAUAACCCUCCGUACGGAAAAGCUCCUCGAUAUGGCGGGGAGUAUUACUAUGAAGAAAGGCGAAGAGGAGGAAACUGUUGUGUUAGAUGCAUCUGCUGUGUCUACUGCUUCCUGUUUUUCAUGAUCCUUGUUGCAGCUGCCCUCGUCUUCUAUUUUUACGCGUACUACGAUCCCAAAAUGCCCACUUACAAAUUCCAAUCCCUCGAUGUUAAGGAAUUCGGAUAUCAACCUGAUUUCAGUGUCACCGCGGAUCUUAUUAUAACAAUGAAAGCCGAUAAUCCCAACAAGAUGAUAGGAUUUAUUUACGGGGAAGAUAGCUCGAUCAACGUGACAUAUAGCGAUUCAACAAUUUGUUCGGGAAAAGUACCAGCUUUCCAUCAGGGUCACAAGAAUACAACUAUAAUGCAAAUUGAACUAAAGGGGAAAAGUCAAUUUGGAUCAGGGCUUUAUGAGGCAUUGCAAGAUAAUGAGAAACAUGGGAGAAUUCCAUUAAAGAUAAUGGUUAAGGUACCUGUGCAAGUUGUUUUGCGAGAUAUUAAAUUAAGGCAAAUCAAUGUGUUUGUAAAUAGCACAUUGAUUGUGAAUAAUUUGAAGCCUGGACAGAAACCUGAGAUUGAAGAUAGCAAACCCACGUUCAAAGUUAAAUUCUGAUAAAAUCUCUCCUGUUACUCUUCAUCGUUUUACAUAUUGAAAACAUUUUUUUAAGUGUGUACGGUUGAAUUUAUUGGUUCAUGACAUUAGAAAAACGAACCAUGGCUCUCUUGCCUUGUAUCAAUAAUGAGCUAGUUUCUGAAAUAUAUCAUACAAGUAUAUAAGGAUUAAUUGAGAGCCCACAUAGUUUUGUAGGCUUUUUCUUUUGCAGUUUACAAGGUUUCUCAUGAUCUGAACAAAUAAAGAUUGGAUCGCCUACCUUGUUACAUUUGCCCUUUGAGUACUGCAUAAAUUAGCAACUUGCACAAUUCAGAUUUUACCUUUUCUAUCAUUUGCAUAAGUAACAGGCAGCCCGGUGCAUGAAUCCUGCUUUGGGUAUGGUCCGGUGAAGAGUCAUACCACAUCUGCACAAUUAUUUGACGACAAAUUUUUCAUCCUUUUUUUUGGUCAAGUGGAUAAUU